AUCCCCUUUGUGGGUACAAAUUUUUCCCAACCUAACUCUCACAUAUAUAUGGUGGAGAUCAUUUCGUGUGCACUCUUUCUCUCUCCGUAGUCUCCUUACACUGUUCGAGAACGAAGGAGUAGUACUUCUGGGAGGGAGAGCUCCCCACCGCUCCAUCUCCUUCCUCCUCCCUUCUACGACGAUCUCAUCGGUUUAUCUCUUCGAUCGGCGCGUCUGUGCUAGCUCCAUUCAUGAAAUAUGGCUGGCAAUACGUCGGCCCUUAUACGGUGUCGCAAAUUGAUUAGAGUACCUCCUUAGCGGUACAACUCUGCAGGGAUAAAUGGCUCGGAAAGGAGGCCAACACAAGAAUGGACUGCAUCGCAAUGUACCUAGCCAAAAAGGCAAAGCUUCAGAACCAUUAUCAAAACAGAAGCCAAAGACGCAUGAAAGAAAGAUCGUUGAUACAGAACCUCUAGUUUCUGAUCAUGGAGCGGGAGGUUUUGUGGAAAACGACAUAGUUUCAGAUGUUUCCACAUCAAGAGGGGAUGACGAGAUAGACUUUUCUUUCGAUCACAAUCAAAAUGAAGAAGAAAACUUGAUGGACCAAAAUGGGUCUUCAUAUGCAGUGGCUUCUCAAAGGUUAAGAGCUUUUCUGCUUUAUCUCAUGAAAAAUGUAAAUGGAUGGAUAGAACGGCAGAGACCAUAUUUCUCAGCUUUUACAACCAUUUUAUGUAAGGGCUGUACGUAUGUCCGCAAGAAAUUCGAGCAUGUUCACCCUGUUAUUUGGACGUGGAUGUUGUACUUUGGAAAAUUGGUGCUGCUUAUAUCUAUGGUUUGGCUCGACUGCAGUAUAAGAGGUCUCGAUUCUUUACUGCGAAUGGGAACAACAUCCUUCUUUACAGUGCUUUGGUGCAGCUUCCUCUCAGUUUCUGCGAUGAUUGGAUUUGUUAAAAUGCUUGUAGUCAUGGUAAUUGCUGCCUUGGUGGCUGCAUUCAUUGGUCUAGGGCUUGCAAUCAUGUUAACUUCUAUUAUUGCAAUAACAGUCUUGUGGAUAUAUGGAAGCUUCUGGACAACAGCCCUUGUCAUCCUUCUAGGAGGUGCUUCCUUUGCAUUGAGUCAUGAACGAAUUGCUCUUCUCGUGACCACUCUCUAUUCCAUGUAUUGUGCAAGAGGCUACUUGGGAUGGCUUGGCUUAAUUAUGGGCCUCAACUUGUCUUUCAUUUCGAGUGAUGUUCUAGUACACUUCCUAAAGAACUACAUAAAUGAGCAAAAACCUAGUGAGCAGGGAGAGCCACAUAAUGAAAAUCAAGGUGGAGAAGGUCAUUUCUAUGCAGAACCCUUUCAUUCUUCGCAAGAAGCCGAUCGCAGUGCUGGUGUUCCUUCAACUAGUGGAAGCGAGAAAGAGUUGACAUCUGAAGAGGAAGUUGUUCGAUUGUUGAACUGUACGGAUCACUAUUCGGCUUUAGGAUUGCCUCGUUAUGAGAAUAUAGAUGUUUCUUUACUCAAAAAGGAAUACAAAAGAAAGGCAAUGCUUGUGCAUCCUGAUAAGAAUAUGGGCAAUGAGAAAGCUGCUGAAGCAUUCAAGAAGCUUCAAAAUGCAUAUGAGGUUCUUCUAGAUUCUCUGAAACGGAAAAUGUAUGAUGAUGAACUGCGGAGAGAAGAGCUAAUAAACUAUUUCCGGAGGUUUCAGAAUGCUUCUCAGAAGAAGGGAAGACAUGGUAAUUUUAGAUCUGGGUUUGGUCAUUCUGAAGUUGAUGGUGAAGGCCCACGUGGUGGUGGAGAAUCAAGAAGAAUAGCUUGCAAGAAAUGCGGCAAUUUUCAUCUCUGGAUCUGGACAGAGAGGACUAAGUCUCAAGCCCGGUGGUGUCAGGAUUGCAAGGAUUUUCAUCAGGCUAAAGAUGGCGAUGGAUGGGUUGAACAGUCUUUCCAACCCCUUUUGUUUGGGUUGCUUCAAAAGAUGGAUCAACCGUGUGCAUAUGUUUGCGCGGGGAGCAGGAUUUAUGAUGUUACUGAAUGGUUCAUCUGUCAGGGAAUGAGAUGUCCAGCAAACACUCACAAGCCGAGCUUUCAUGUCAACACCAACCUCACGAAAUUAAGUAAUUCGAAGGGGAGCAGAAUGCAAAAUGCCAAUCUCGAUGAAACAAUGACCGAGGAGGAAUUCUUCGAGUGGUUGCAGAACGCGGUGCAGUCGGGAGCAUUUGAAUCCUUUAGCACGGAAAGCGAGAGCCCUUCAGCUCAAAGCGGAAGCUGUUCGAAGAGCGGCCUCAAGAAGAAGAGGAAAGGGAAGAAGCAAUGGUGAACUGGAAUGGAGAUUGUUGCUGCGCACAUUAAAGAGCUUUAUGAGAAAAAAGUGGGGGAAUAACAGGAAAACUGUAGAGCUCCAAAAUGUUUGGGCUUGAUCGUGCUAUCAUAAUUUUGAUCCAAGUGAUGUAGUUUUUCAGUUGAGAAGGAGAGAUAUAAUCGCUUUCAAAUUUAAGCCAUGAUUCUAAUUUUCUCUCUUUUCUAUGAUUUCAUGAAACAAGACAUUGUCGAUCCAAUCAUCAAUUCCGAAGUUCAUGUACAAGGUAGUGAGAAAUAACAAUUUUUUACUGUUAAAAGUAUGUGGAAAUAUCUCUGUAUUUUCUUUCCUUA